UCGGUGGCGGCCAUGGCUCCGAGCGCGCAGGCCGGGGGUGGCCGCGGGCAGGCCCCGGCCGCGGGGAUCCGCCACGGCAUCCGCGCCGUGCUGCUGGGCCCGCCCGGAGCCGGCAAGGGCACGCAGGCCCCGAAGCUGGCCGAGACUUACUGCGUGUGCCACUUGGCUACCGGCGACAUGCUGCGGGCCAUGGUGGCCUCGGGCUCCGAGCUGGGCAAGCGGCUCAAGGAGACGAUGGAUUCGGGGAAGCUGGUGAGUGAUGAGAUGGUGGUGGAGCUGAUUGAGAACAACCUGGACUCCCCUCCCUGCAAGAACGGGUUCCUCCUGGACGGCUUCCCUCGCACGGUGAAACAGGCAGAGAUGCUGGAUGAGCUCCUGGAGAAAAGGAGAGAGAAGCUCGACUCUGUCAUUGAAUUCAGCAUCCCUGACUCCUUGCUGAUCCGGAGGAUCACUGGACGGCUGAUUCACCCAGCGAGUGGCCGCUCGUAUCACGAGGAGUUCAGACCCCCGAAAGAGCCCAUGAAGGACGAUGUCACUGGAGAGCCCCUGAUCCGCCGCUCGGACGAUAACGAAACGGCGCUGAAAACCCGGCUGAAGUCUUACCACACCCAGACCUCCCCCCUGGUGUCCUACUACAGCAAGAGAGGGAUCCAUACAGCCGUGGAUGCCUCCCAGUCUCCUGAUGUGGUGUUUGCCAGCAUCCUGGCAGCCUUCACAAAAGCAACAUGUAAAGACCUGGUUAUGUUCAUUUAAAGCUCCGUCCCAGGACGGGGCUCUACUUUUUUUUUUUCCUCUCUUUCUUUCUCUCUGUCUCUGUCUCUCUGGGGCUAAGGAGGGUGAAGAGCUGAGCAGAGUAGAAGGGGAAAGGGAAGAGGUGAUGCAGCCCAAGGCAGGGCUGUGCUAAUUCUCUAAUUUAAUUAAAGGAGCUGUUAACGGUCUCGAUGUCGCUACAAGUGAACUCGGUCUGUGUGUGGAUUUUGGGAUUUUGGCCUCUAGAGGCCGCAGCGAGCCCAGGCUCCAGCUGCCCAAAAUGGGCUCUGCACUCCUUUGGCUCAAAAAGCCUUUGUUUCGUCCUAGAAAUGCACCUCCUUGGAAGGAACUGUAUUUCCAUCUCCUCCUGGCUAUGCCACAGAGAAGGAGAAGGUUGGGGAUGUGGGGGAAGGAUUUCACAGGAGAUGUGAAGCUGCAGGAUUGAAACCUGGGGUUGCUCUGUCUGCUUGGGGCUGGGUGACAAUGUGUUCUCCUUCUGUGUUUUAUUCCCUGUGGGGUGACAGGUUCCUGAUCUGAUGGCACUUAGGGGGGUGGGGGGUUCCAACCUUUAUUUAUAGCAAAUUAGUGAGAUGCUUCUUGCUCUUUUUAAUGUGAAAUCCGUGGUCAGAGUGUGACAGUGUGGCAGGCUGGGAUGUCCUGAGGAUAAGAAAAGGACUUGGGUUUCAUCUCGUUGCUCUUGCCUUGGUUUUGACCAAGGAGAGGAAGAUGCAUUGAGCUUCUCCUGAUCCCAAAGUCUAAAUAUAAUAAAGCCUUAUUGCAAAACAAAUGA